UCUGCAUGGAGUUGAUGCCUUCGUCGGAAACCCUUUUAGAUCAUCUUACCGUGUUCCAUGGAACACCUACCAACUUCAAUUACAAAUGCACGGCGUGUACACCAAACAUCUCUUUUCCUGAUCUAAACCGUUUCAAACGGCAUAUUAAAAUCAUUCAUGCUGAGUUCUGGGACGCUCCCCAGAGUAGAAGAACGCUCACCUCGGCUACUGGAGCUCCUGAUAUCACCUUGCCAGAAUCAUCACAUAAUCCCGAUCGACACCAACAGACACCCGAGGUGAAAAACAAUACGAAUAAAUGUGAAGAUGAAGAGAAACAUAAAGAAGAACUCGUACCCGAUGACGAUGAGAUACUAGAUUUAAGGAAUAGUUUAAGACAUUCGUUCAUUAAUUUUUCGAUGCAUCUCUAUGGCAUAAAACAUUUCACGAGAAAAGACGUUCUAGAUCUACAAGAAAGUAUAACCGAAGAUAUCAUUAAGCCCAUUUGCGAAGCAUUCAAAAAAAUUGGUCAUUUACCAGAGAGCACAGAGGUCAGCCGUCUAAUGGAGGAUGUUUGUGACCCCUGGCAGUUUAUUUCAACAGAGCAAAAAUUCAAAAGUCAGAUAAAAAAGCUAGGAUUAGACAAUGUAACACAGACACUUGAAUUCGAGAAUAACUCUACCAACUCAAUUUCAAAAGGAUGUUUGAUGCCGAUUAAAAAUCAGUUUAAGCAGUAUUUUGAGUCAGGAACAGUAUUCAACGACACGAUUCAUCACAUGGAAAAGUUGGAACAAGACAAUGUAAUAUCUAACGUAAUAAAUGGAUCUCUGUGGAAAGCUACCAAAACCCAUUUUCAAGAUGCUAAAGUAAUACCGUUUUUCUUGUUUAGCGACGAAGCUGAAAUGAACGAUGCGAUAGGGGCCCAUUCGGGGACACAUAAAGUCUGGGGGAUUUAUUAUCAGUUUCCGGUUAUCCCACCACAGUACUUAGGUAGGCUCGAGAACAUUUUUGCUGCUGGAUUCAUAAAAGCCAGUGAUAUGUCACAGCAAGGACCCUCUGAAGCUCUUAAAGAUUUGAUUGAUAUUCUAAUUGAUUUAGAGCAAAACGGCAUUGAACUGCAAGUUGCGGAAGAGCUCGUUACGGUACAUUUUGUGUUAGCGGGUAUUCUAGGAGAUAAUCUUGGCAUGAACACAUUAAUGGGUUUUAGUUCAUCUUUUAGUGCGUUACUGUAUUGUCGAUUUUGUAAAAUGAAUAAGUAUGAUGCACAGGAGAGAGUUCAACUCGAUACUAAAUUGACUCGAACAAAAGAGAACUACAUGGAAGAUCUUACCAAACCCUUCCAAGAAAGCGGUAUAAAAGAACUAUCUGCAUUUAAUAGACUUAAGUUUUACCACGUUGCUGAAAAUUUUGUUGUGGAUCCAAUGCAUGAUCUGUACUCGCAUGGUAUUUGCUGUUACGAUUUAGCACUUGUUCUUCGUUAUAUGAUCCAAAAUCUCAAAAUCUCUCUGCAAACUAUUAAUUAUCGCAUACAAAUGUUCGACUACGGUGACACAGAAAAAAGAAACAUGUUUCGGAACAUCACUCGCGAGAAUAUCAAAUCAGCAUCCUUCAAAAUGACUGCAAGAGAAAUGCAACUCUUCGUGCACUAUUUCCCCCUUCUGUUCGGAGAUUUGUUUCCCCAAAACAACGAUGUUUGGGACUUCGUAAUGUCCUUAGUAGAAUUAACAGAUCUGGUCCUAUUACCGACAUUCGAUAGUGAUAUUUUAGACACUUUGGAGAAGCAAAUAGUGUAUCACCACACAUUGUACAAAACGUUGUUCAAGGAGAAAUUUAAACCUAAAUAUCAUAUACUAAUUCAUUACACCGAAUCCAUUAGAGCAGUGGGACCGCCAAGAUUUACAUGGAGCUUUCGAUUCGAAGCGUUCCACCAAGUGUUCAAACGGUAUUGUAGAAACAUCACUUCCCGUAAAAAUGUUUGUUUGACUCUUUGUACAAAAGCAAAUCUCAUAUUCUUCGAAAAUUUGAAUAACUGUAGAUAUUUUUCUGAUGAACUAGAAUUCAAAAAUCCGAUCAGUAUUAAACUAAUUGACAUGCCUUAUUUUCCUUUUCUCGAUCUAAGCAGUGCGUUCAUGACCUCUACACUUAGAGCCGUCAGCAAAAUAAAAUUCAGAGGAGUAGAGUAUCGUAAAGCUCAUUUUUUAACGCAUUGCUCAAUAAAAAUGCGAAAUUUGCAGCUGUACGAGGUAUUAGACAUUUUGAUAACAACCAAUGAGGAAAUAUUGUUCAUAUGUCGGGAGUGGGAAGUUUUAAAAUACUCAAAUCAUUAUGUUUCGUUUGUAGUAGGCAACCCAUUAGAUAGCUUUUGUGCAAAAACAGUAGGCUAUUUCGAUGGACCGCCUAUUCAUAAGUACACAGUAGGGGAAAAUACGUUUAUAAGGCUAAAAAAGUAUUACAUGUAAUUAAGUGACUGUAAAAAUUAAAGAAAAUAAAAUUUUAAUCGAAGAAAUAAAUGACUUUUUAUUUGACUAUAGAAAAUACUGUAAAUAAUACAACAGGGCUACACUUAAAAAAAAUCUGUUAAAAAUACAAAAUUAUCAUGUUAUAAUAAUCAUUUUUGUUGUUAUUUUUUUAUCCGUAGCUUUUAAGACUACUAAUUAUUUACUAUCAAAAUAACAACAUAAUGUAUUUAACUUUACUAGCCAAUUUAACAAUUUCUGAUAAAAUUAACAACACUGCGGUCAAAACGACAAUCCAGCUUAAUUUCAGCGAAUAUGGUUGAAAAAACAACACGCCUUGUCACGCCAAUCAUAAAAUCACUUCAGUUGUAAAUCAUUGGUGCAGAGCUGUUGAGUUGAACCUCUAAAAUCGUAAUUUCUACUACAAAGUUAUUUUCA